UGCAUCAGUCGACCAUCAAUAUUUUGUCUUCCCUCCGAUCUUUUCUUCUCUUCCUUUUUUAUACCAUUCAGACGUAGCUGCUAAAAAGCUGCUCACAAUGCAAGUAUUCCAUCAUGGACUCGUCAAUUGAAACAAACAUGACCGGGUACAUGAGGGUAACAAAACAGGUUUUUGGUGCAUGUUCAUAUACCAGAGCGUUUCAGCUCAUCAUCGAUCUUCAGUACUCGGAGACACAGUUUUUGUGCAUUGUACUUCGGAUCUCUCUUCUUUUUGCAUUUCUUUGUCUCAUAGAUGCAGCCAAAGAUCAGCUGCACGCAUACAUCAAGUGCCGUCUCACAGGCAUGGUUCGGAGCAUCGAGGAACCGCACAGCGGGAAGGGUGGGAUAACCAGAUUAGUUGCGAGUGUAAGAGGAAUCACAAAGGGGAAUCGACUCCAAGAAAGAACGCCAAAUUACCUAUGCCGAGUCUGCAGACGACAGAGCUGUGCAAUGAGGAUAUCACAAGUAGAAAUCGAGUUGCAAUGCAGGUCGUUAGGGGGCAGCAAAAAUCAACCGGAGGCGCGUAAAUGUGACCCAUAUGUGCGUGAAAACAAGAUCUGGUGUAAAUCAUAAGAGGAACAAGGCAACCGGCAGCGACCAUGUGGCUAC